CGGGGCGUGGGAGAGCCGCUCUGCUCACCUCCCUGCAUCCCGGAGGAGCGCUCCGCUCACACCCCCACAGCUGGGCGGCAUCCGAGGGAGAGAGGUCCCGCUGAUGAACUGGAGCUGAGGGGGCUGAUCUCCAAAGCUAGAGCCUGCCUCUCCUGCCGUCCCCCUUUCAUCCUAUCCUGACGUGUGGGGCUGCAGAGCCAGCAAACCCUCAAUGCCUAAGAACAGCAAAGUGACGCAGCGAGAGCACAGCAGCGAGCAUGUCACUGAAUCGGUGGCCGACCUGCUGGCCCAUGAGGAGCCCGUGGACUACAAGCGCAGCGUCUUGAACGUGACGGGUGAGGCCUGGGACAAGCAGAAGGAUGUGGAGGAAGAUUUGGACUCUGAGAAGCGGCCAGCAUGGAACAGCAAACUGCAGUACAUCCUGGCCCAGAUCGGGUACUCGGUGGGGCUGGGGAACGUCUGGCGGUUUCCAUACUUGUGUCAAAAAAACGGCGGAGGUGCCUACCUGGUCCCAUACCUGGUGCUGCUCAUCAUCAUCGGGCUCCCUCUCUUCUUCCUGGAGCUGGCCGUGGGUCAGAGAAUCCGCCGGGGCAGCAUCGGAGUGUGGAAUUACAUCUGCCCCCGCCUGGGGGGCAUUGGAUACGCCAGCUGUCUCGUCUGCUUCUUUGUUGGUCUCUAUUAUAACGUGAUCAUCGGCUGGAGCAUCUUUUACUUCUUUAAAUCCUUCCAGUAUCCGCUCCCCUGGAGCGAGUGCCCCAUCAUUAAAAAUGGCACAAUGGCCGGUGUGGAGGCAGAAUGUGAGAAGAGCUCUGCUACCACCUACUUCUGGUACCGGGAAGCUCUGGAGAUUUCCAACUCCAUUUCAGAGAGCGGAGGGCUCAACUGGAAGAUGACCCUGUGCCUGCUGAUGGCUUGGAGCGUCGUGGGAUUGGCCGUGAUCAAAGGAAUUCAGUCUUCAGGGAAGGUGAUGUACUUCAGCUCUCUCUUCCCCUAUGUGGUGCUCCUUUGCUUCCUGGUGCGGGGGCUGCUCCUGAGGGGGGCGAUAGAUGGGAUCCUGCACAUGUUCACUCCUAAGCUUGACAAGAUGCUGGACCCCCAGGUGUGGCGAGAGGCAGCCACUCAGGUCUUCUUCGCCCUGGGCCUGGGCUUUGGAGGUGUCAUCGCUUUCUCCAGCUACAACAAGCAGGACAAUAACUGCCACUUCGACGCCACCCUCGUCUCCUUCAUCAACUUCUUCACCUCCGUGUUGGCCACCCUGGUGGUCUUCGCCGUGCUGGGGUUCAAGGCCAACAUCAUGAAUGAGAAAUGUGUGGUGGAGAACACUGAGAAGAUCCUGGGCUACCUAAACACCCACGUUCUGAGCCAUGACCUCAUCCCGCCCCAUGUGAACUUCUCCCAUCUCACGGCCAAGGACUACAGCGAGAUGUACCAAGUGAUCAUGACGGUGAAGGAGGAUCACUUCAAGGAGCUGGGCUUGGACCCCUGCCUGCUAGAGGAUGAGCUCAACAAGUCAGUGCAGGGAACCGGCCUGGCCUUCAUCGCCUUCACUGAAGCCAUGACCCACUUCCCAGCUUCUCCUUUCUGGUCUGUGAUGUUCUUCCUGAUGCUGAUAAACCUGGGGCUGGGCAGCAUGAUUGGGACCAUGGCGGGUAUCACCACCCCUAUCAUUGACACCUUCAAGGUGCGGAAGGAAGUUUUCACAGUUGUCUGUUGCAUCGUCGCCUUCCUGAUAGGCUUGAUCUUCGUGCAGCACUCGGGGAAUUACUUUGUCACCAUGUUUGAUGAUUACUCUGCCACGCUGCCGCUCACGGUCGUGGUGAUCCUAGAGAACAUUGCCGUGGCCUGGAUUUAUGGUACCAAGAAGUUCAUGCAGGAACUGACAGAAAUGCUGGGCUUCCGGCCGUACAUCUUCUACUUCUACGCCUGGAAGUACAUCUCUCCCCUCUGCAUGGCUGUGCUAAUGACAGCCAGCAUCAUCCAGCUGGGAGUCAACCCACCGAGCUACAGCGCUUGGAUCAGAGAGGAGGCUGCGGAGAAGUUUCUCUAUUACCCAGCAUGGGCUAUGGCCAUCCUCAUCUGUCUCAUCAUCCUGGCCACCCUCCCACUGCCCGUGGUCUUCAUCCUCCGUCAGUUCCAUCUGGUGUCUGAUGGCUCCAACGCUCUCUCUGUCACCUACAAGAAGGGCCGGAUGAUGAAGGACAUCUCCAACCUAGAGGACAAUGAUGAGACUCGCUUCAUCUUGAGCAAAGUGCCCAGUGAGACUCCAUCCCCGAUGCCCACGCACCGUUCCUACCUGGGCCCGGGAAACGCUUCCCCAAUGGAGAUAAGCAGUGCACCCAAUGGACGCUAUGGGAGUGGGUACCACUUGGCCAGCACCCCUGAAUCUGAACUGUGAUGGACACCCACCAGCCCUUGCCCUGCCCCCACCCCCCAGUGGCUAGGAGAGGAGGCAACUGGGGAAUGGAUCCUGUCCAUUUGUGGAACAAAAAGAAAAAAAGAAGAAACCCUUCCUAGAAUGUUAGCAAGUAAGCAGUCAUUUCCCGGGCAAGAUUGGGAAGAAGGCAUCGUGGGAGGGCACUGGAUUUCCCUCUCAGCAAUUCCAAUAAAAAAGGCAGGAUCCUGUGUCAGCUGCCCUUGUGAGGAAAAAAAAAACGAAACAAGACACUGCAAUAAAUUUGAUCAGUGUGUUUCCAGAGAUAGAAAAUUGGAGACCAAACCAAGCAUCUCUUGAUUUCCAAGCAUCAGAAGUUCAGAGAAGGGAUACAAAAUGAGGUGACAGCCAAAGACAUUUCCUCUUUUAACCUGGAGUUCUUCCCCCUCCUCUUGUUUUCCCCUAGUUAGGAGAAGAGAUGGCUCAUAUUCCAUUGAUCACAUUUGACCACCCAUGUUCAUAGCCCGUUGGACAGCCAUCACCUGAUGGGGUUUUACCUGGGCUGGUGGUCGUGGCACCUCCUUUGGUUUUGUAGCUCUGGAGACACCCAAAGAGCUCAGCUUUAAUGGACAUUUCUUACCCAGCGCAGACGCAUCUUGAGUGGACAACACUUUACAGUGAGCGGCAGCAACUAGCUGACCCUUUGGUAUCUGUUGUGUUACAAUGGAUGUUGGUUAGACGCACAUGGGAAAUAUGUCCAGGAGUCAUGUCAGGGUGGGGUGGGAUCUCCUUCUAAACUGAGCUGCAGUGAGCACAGCCACUUAUUAUACAGUGUUACUCCAUUCAAAGUGGCACAGGACCUCCGGUGCAACCACUAUUUCAGGUGUGUGAGCAUGUGCCAUGUCCACAGGCCAGAAUUUGAGCAGGGUGACACCGGUGUAGAUCAGGAGUAACCUCUGGAGUCGUUCCUGAUUUGCAACUGGGUAACUGUGAGCAAGCUCCAGCCCCAGGAUUUUCAUUUUCAAUGCACGGUGUGAAAGAAGCCCCCUGGACUGGUGAAUGAUAUACCCUAGCCCUCCUAGAUACAGAGAUGAGUAGAGAGAAGCUGGGGUUAUUGGAUUCUGAUUACAAUCUUGGGUUAGCUUUUGUAGGAAAUAGAGUCCCAUGAUCUAAAUUCUGCCCUUAUUUAGAGUGGUGUCAUCUGGGUGUAAUGGAAGCUGACUGUGUGUGUUUCUUCCUGUUUACUAGCCUCAUGCAUCUAAAAGCAAGGGUCCAAAUUCCUCCCUGGUGUAUCUCCGUAGAUGUCAGUGGCCUUACAGCAGGGGUGUAGUUGGCUCAGAGACUUCAUACCGAGUUUGCAGCGGGAUGGAAACGUAGGUUGCAGCGUAUCAGAGGGGUAACCGUGUUAGUCUGGAUCUGUAAAAAGCAGCAAAGAGUCCUGUGGCACCUGAUAGACUAACAGAUGUAUUGGAGCAUGAGCUUCCGUGGGUGAAUACCCACUUCGUCAGACGCGUGUAAUGGAAAUUGCAUAUUUAUACCUGCCUCUGGAAAUUUCCAUUGCAUGCGUCUGACGAAGUGGGUAUUCACCCACGAAAGCUUAUGCUCCAAUACAUCUGUUGGUCUAUAAGGUGCCACAGGACUCUUUGUAGGUUGCAGCGUGCACUGUGUGUUACGGAGGCUCCUGUAAGUUAGUGCGAGGUCUUGGCAUGUCUGGUGGCGAGCCCCUGUCUGUCACACCCAUCCAUGAGAUUUAGGGCUUGGGUGGGGGAAAUAAUUGUGAGUAUCUCCCAUCCAUCUAAGUAUGUUUUUUAACCUGCCCUUCCUUACUCCUGUUGUACUUAGUUCCAGCUCGAUGAUAUUUCAUGCCAGCACGUAGGCCAGGCUGAUCUCCC